AAGAGGUCCGACACAGAAAUUUUUUUAAAAUAUAACACUUGAUUGCAAUCCCCGAGGCACGCCAAAAAAAAAUAAGGUCUUCAAUAAUGUUGACCAUUGCGACGGUUAUAACAGCAGCUCUUUUCUCAGGUGUCACCUGUCACAAGGGUCAUCAUUAUCUCCCGGGCGAGGUCUCCCAUCAACAGUCAGCCUCUUUCCUGUUGGACAGAGAAAAGAGGGCCAUAGAUUGCUUUAAUGAAUACGUGUGUGAAAGAAACAUUCCAUACUGCCAGAGUCAGAGUGAACUUGUGAGAGAAACGUACUGCUCCCGCCACAACUGUCCCUCGGGGUUGACCUGCUAUUUGUCCGUACCGUGUCCUGUCCAUUACACUGCUAACUGUAUCGCUGAUCCAUGUGCAAGUUUUCCAUGCGGACACGGUGGCACGUGCACCAAGAUCUCAGACACAACAUUCUCGUGUUUCUGUCUUUCCGGAUACGAUCCAGCUACAAACUGCGCUACUGAAAUUAAUGAAUGUGACAGCAACCCCUGUCAAAAUGGCGCCACGUGUGUGGAUGAAUUGAACAGAUACUCAUGUAAUUGUAUACCGGGUUAUAUGGGCACCCACUGUGAAAUAGACAUUGACGAGUGUCAAAGCUCACCCUGUCAGAAUGGUGGGAGUUGUAAUGAUUUGGUCAAUCGGUUUGAAUGCACCUGCUCCGGGAGAUAUAAUGGAACUGUUUGUGAAAAAGAUUGCCGACCUGGACCAGCAGACAUCGUUUUUGUUGUGGAUUCUUCAGAGAGUGCGGAUUUCACCCGGUCCUUGGAUUUUGUGUCCAACAUCAUUCAAAACCUCUCGAUUGGUCCAAAUGAUUUUCAAAUAGCCAUGAUAACAUUUUCAUGGAACGCCACUUUGGAGUUUGCCUUUGAUGAGUAUAGUAACAAUCAGUCUCUUAUUGACGCUGUGAAUGGUGUCGCGCCAGAAUAUGGUCCGACCUAUUUGACGGAAGCACUAACCUUGGCGGAACAGAUAUCUAGUGGUACAGCGAAUGGAAGAAGACCCUCCGUCCCGUGUUAUGUGGUGAUUCUGACAGACGGGCUGGCUGCAGAUGUACAGGGAUACGUGACCCAGGCCAGACUCAUGCAGUGGCGAGGCGUCCGGAUGAUGGGGGUCGGGAUCGGUAGCUCUGUGUCUCACACUGACUUAAUAACCUUAUCUUCUAACAUUGAUGACGUGUUCUUUCCCGAUAAUGACGAUAUGCUGAAUACAAUACUCAGAGAAACGUCACAUCAAGACUGUAAUGACUGCAUUUUACGUAAGGAUUCUGAUGUUAUGUUUUUGGUGGACAUCACACAAACAGGACAAGUAUUAGCCUCUGUGAGUCGCACUAUGCGAGAGAUUUCGUCCUUUUUCAGUCUGAACAUGAACGAGACCAGGAUAGGUUUGAUGACGUAUGCCUCAAACGUCACCAAUCAAUUUUCUUUGACAACGCACACAGAUCAUAGCACACUGUAUCCGGCUCUGAGCAAAUUCCCACAAAUAGACGAAGAAUCAGAUAUCAUAUAUACUCUUAGGUAUGUUCGUGACUUUGGGUUCGCUACGUCUAACGGUGGAAGGUUGGAUUCACGAAAAAUAGUUGUUAUGUAUUCCAGUGGGAAUUGGUCAGACUUGGGGACUUUGCAGUCUGAAUUUAAAAGUUUAAUGACCGAAGGUUACCGUUUGUUUAACGUAAUAACUAGUUAUGAUGAAGCUAAAGUAAAUUCGUUUAUCUGCCAUUUUAUACCGACGUAUGGAACCAUCAAUGCCGCGACAACAGAUUCUAAAUCUGCUCUCAAAACUCUCGCUGCAGAAGCGACGUAUGGAAUCUGCGACAAAGAUGUCUUCAUCAAGCGUGCAAUAUGAUAAUUUCAUCACCUUGUUGUGGUUAAAAGUUAUUUCACUCGCUCCUUCCGCAGUGUUGGACCGAUUGACCACCAAUUACACACUUUACCGUCUCUCAACGACCCUCGGUCAC